AUGUCUAACAUGAACGCCCUCUCCGCCGAUGAGAUGGAGCGUUUCCAAAAACUCUCUAAUACCUACGAGCCGGAUGUACAGGGACCACUUGUCUCACGCAAGGAGCCUACUCAGAGUGUUGCGUUGGAAUAUGCUAAUGCAGACCAUGCGCUCUCUGCGAAGACUAAUGCGCUGGCCAUCACCCAUCCGGAGUAUCGUAUCAUGAAAGGUGAUGGCAACUGUGGCUGGAGAGCGGUGGCUUUUGGUUAUUUCGAAACGCUGUUUGCGUUGCGUGACCCCAUGCGCAUCCAGCGUGAGAUUACUCGCUUCAAGUCGCUCGAGAUGCUCUUGAAGCAGGUCGGGCAUUCGGAACAUCUUUAUGAGAUCUUUACCGAAGCUACUGAGGAUCUCUUUACGCAGACUAUUAGUGCUAUUCAGGGUGGUGCUGGGGAUGAAUCUUUCCUUGUUGAUGCUUUCAAUAAUGAGUUUGCGUCCAGUGCUGUUAUUACUCAUUUUAGACUUUUGACGAGCUCUUGGAUGAGACUUAACCCGCAUCGAUACCAAGCUUUCUUGUCUCUGCCGCUGGAGCAGUAUUGCGCCUCGCAAAUAGACCCGUUGAAGACUGAAAUUGAUGAAGUUGGUCUUCAGGCACUUGUCGACGGGGUCAUUGAAGGUGCCGGCUUUGGCGUGGAGAUUCUGUACCUCGACCGAAGUGAAGGCGAUGCUGUCACACCUCACCAGCUGUCCCCUCACAGCCCCAGCGGUGCGACAAUCCGUCUCCUCUACCGACCAGGCCACUACGACCUUCUCUACCCAGCCGACCCAAAUGUAAACAUGGAACCGAUAGUCAACUACCAAUACGCAAUGACAUCCGACUACUCCAACUGGAACGAAGGCCCCCUCGGAUUCGACGUCGACUCCUCCCUAAUGGCCAUCCCAAACCUCAUGGCCGAUCCAUCCUUCGCAAUGGGCACCCCCAUGUCGCCUAUGCCAUCAGUCUCCCCCACCCCAACCAGUCCAUUCCGAAUGUCCCCCCAACAAGAAAUGUACCAGUCGCCCAUGCAGACUCAUGCGCCAAUCCCGUCUAUCCCUGUCUCUUCACCUCCGCCACCAAUACCGCCUCCUUCUGCUGCUCCGCCCCCAAUGACUACAUUGCCUAGUAGAUCGUCCGACGGCCCGCAGAUCAGACUCAACCCCUUGGUUAUGAAACCUAAUUUGAGUCGCUCGCUGCCUGUCACAACCCCCUUCAAAAAUUCGCCUUACAAUCAAGCCCAUUUCCAGAAUUCCGACUUUGAACCUAUUCAUUGGGAACCUCAUGAUCGACGAUAA